CUCCAGAACCGGACCGGCCUCGGGCUGCUCUGCUGCUGAGAGCUGUUACAUUACAUCCGGUUAAAGAGAGACUCUGCGGGCGGAACCGAGCCGCUGAGCUGAUCUGACUCCAGCGGGACCAUCUCCUCGGUAUCUCCUCCGGUAGUUCUCUCAUGAUGGCAGCAGGCCGCCCGGUCCCGGUCCCGGUCCCGGUCCCGGUCCUCUGCGUCCUGCUGUGUUGGUGUCUCCGCCUCGGAGGCUGCUUCAACCUGGACUCUGAGAACCCGUCCGUGUUCAGCGGACCGGAGAGGAGCUACUUCGGAUUCUCAGUGGACUUCUUCAAACCUCAGAACAACCAGAAGUCGGAUGUUCUGAUUGGAGCUCCUCGGGCGAACACGACCUCCCCCAGCAGUGUGGAGGAGAGGGGGGCGGUGUACAGCUGUCCCUGGAGGAGCUCCUCCUGCCAGCAGCUGCAGUUUGACAGCACAGAUGACAGGAGGAACGCUGAAGGAGCUCAGAUGGAGUUUAAAUCCAAGCAGUGGUUCGGUGCCUCGGUACGAUCUGAUGGAGAACACAUCCUGGCCUGUGCUCCUCUGUAUCAGUGGUCGACCUUCGGUGUUUCUGAGCGCGAGCCGGUGGGAACGUGUUACCUGAAGAAAGGAGGGACGGUGGUCGAGUACUCGCCCUGCAGAUCAGGUCCCGGCUCACCUGAGAUGCAGGGCUUCUGCCAGGCCGGCUUCAGUGUGGACUUCAUGAAGAAGAACAACAGAGUGGUGGUGGGAGGACCUGGCAGCUUCUACUGGCAGGGUCAGCUGAUUUCCGAUGACGUCUCUCAGAUCUUUGCCGGGUUUGACAAUAAUAAGUACAUCACUUCGUACGUAAGCACGCUCGCCACCAAGUCGUCCAGCGCACAGUACGACGACAGUUACCUAGGAUACUCUGUGACAGUUGGAGACUUCAACGACGAUGGAGAAGAAGAUUAUGUGACCGGAGUUCCUCGUGGAGACAAGGCGCUGGGUUACGUGAACAUCUUCAGCGGAACCAACAUGGAGUCCAUGGUGAACUUCACAGGAACACAGAUGGCGGCCUACUUUGGACACUCGGUGGCAGCGACUGAUGUUAAUAAUGACGGUCUGGUGGAUCUGCUGGUCGGAGCUCCUCUCUUCAUGGACCGAGGGUCGGACGGGAAACUGAAGGAGGUCGGACAGGUGUCCGUGUAUCUGGGUCGUGGUGGGUUUUCCUUCCACCCCCCUCAGAUGCUCACAGGGUCGGAGGUUUACGCCAGAUACGGAUCCGCCAUCACAGCGCUGGGAGACCUGGACAUGGACGGAUACAACGAUGUGGCCAUCUCUGCUCCGUAUGGCGGCCCCGACCGUCACGGCUUGGUCUACAUCCACAACGGUCGCCCUCAGGGACCCGACGCUUCACCUUCCCAGGUCCUGCAGGGGAAGUGGGCGUCCAGCUACAUGCCCGCUAGCUUUGGAUACUCCAUGACUGGAAAUACUGACAUAGACCAGAAUGGAUAUCCAGAUUUAAUAGUCGGGGUGUUCGGAGCAGACAAAGCUGUUUUAUACAGAGCCCGUCCAGUGAUCAGUGUGAACGCCACGUUAGAGAUGACGCCUCAGAUCAUCAACCCAGAGGAGAAGACCUGCACCCUCCCCGGUACCUCCACCCCGGUGUCCUGUUUCAAGGUGACGUACUGUCUGAAGGCCAGCGGCCGCGGAGCUCCAGCUACUCUCAACUUCCUCGUGGACCUGAUGUUGGACCGUCUGAAGCAGAAGGAGGCGACGAAGCGCGUCCUCUUCUUGCACAGUCGGACCUUCCAGUACGCCAAGAACAUGACGGUGUCCAACGGCAAAGGGCCCACCUGUGAGGAACAGCACGUCUACCUCAGGGACGACCGUGAGUUCCGGGAUAAGAUCACGCCGAUCUCCGUGGCGAUGGAGUACAGUCUGGACUACCAGCGGGCCGCCGACCGAACCGGACUGCUGCCGAUCCUCGACAUGUCGGCGCCGUCCAACGUCACCAAGCAGGCUCACAUCCUGUUGGACUGUGGAGACGACAACAUCUGUAAACCUGACCUGAAGCUGUUGGUGAACAGCGACCGCCAGCAGAUCUACAUCGGCGACGACAACGCUCUGACUCUGGAGAUCAGCGCUGAGAAUCAGGGCGAGGGAGCCUACGAGGCCGAGCUCCACGUCUACCCUCCGCAGCAGGCCGACUUCACCGGGGUGGUCCGCAGCCAGACCCUCAGCAGACUGUCCUGCGCCUACAAGAAGGAGAACCAGACCAAGAUGGUGGUGUGUGACCUGGGAAACCCCAUGAAGGGAGGAACCAAGGUGCUGGCAGAGCUGCGGUUCAGCGUUCACCAGCUGUCGGAGGAGGACACCUCGGUGAAGUUUGACCUGCAGAUAGUCAGCUCCAAUCAGUUCAACAACACGAGUCCUCGAGUCUCCAGCGUCACCCAGCUGGCCAUCCUUGCCAAGGUCUUCAUCAGAGGGACGUCGUCUCCCGCUCAGGUGCUGCUUCCCAUCGCCAACUGGAAACCUAAAGAGCCUCCUCGUCACGGAGACGACAUCGGACCUCAGAUAGUACACGUCUACGAGCUCCUGAACAGCGGGCCCAGUACCAUCAGUAAGGCGGCGUUGGAGGUGAAGUGGCCGUACCGGUAUAAGAACGGCUCGCUGCUCUACAUCACCCAUUUCGACACCGACGGACCGAUCAACUGUACCACCGACGUGGAGAUCAACCCGCUCAACGUCUCCGUGAACACGUUGACCUCGGGAGGGGGAGGGGGGAACACCAGCGUGGUUCCUCCCAGAGAACGAGAGACGGAGGGACGGAACCGAAACCUCGUCCGUGAGAAGAGAGACCUGGAGGCACGAGACGCUCAGAACGACCUGCAAAUACUGGACUGCAGCACAGCAGAGUGUCUGCGUCUGAAAUGUCAGGUCGGUCGUCUGGAGAGGAGGAAGAACGCCAUCCUCUUCAUCUACUCCAACCUGGAUGUCAAAAACUUCCUGAAGGCUGAGAAUCAGAACCGUUCGUACGUGGUCCGAUCGACGGCGUCCUUCAGCGUCAUCGAGAUGCCGUACAAGAACCUGGCGACGGAGCUGCCGUCCAACAGCACCACUGUGAGUGUGUCGGUGACGUGGUUGGCAGAAGGUCUUCAGCCGAUACCGGCCUGGGUGGUGGCUCUGGCUGUACUGGCAGGACUGCUGCUGCUGGCGCUGCUCAUCUUCAUCAUGUACAAGUUGGGUUUCUUUAAGCGGGUCCGCCCCCCCCAGGAGGACUCCACUGAGAAGGAGCAGCUGCAGCCGGAGGAGAACGGCAACACGGACGCCUAGAGGUCAUAGAGGUCAAAGGAAGGAAGUCCAGGAGAGACACAUUCAGGGUAAAAUGGCCGUGGAGAUGAUUUCACUGUAUUCACUGUUGAGUGUCAGAUAAUGGUACUGGGUUAGGUUUUAAUAAGGGUGUUUUUCUUUUGUUCUUAUUAGUCAUGUUGUGUUUGUGCCAAAAGAGAAGCUCCGCCUGCGUUACACGGGUCCCAGAUGAAAUCCUCAAAGCUCAAUGUUUUAGGAACAUUUUGGGAAAUGUUCUUUGUUGCAGAGAGAGAGAUGUUCAGAUGGACACCGAGCAGCUGCUUAGCUUAGCUUAGCAUAAAUACUGGAAACAGCUAGCCUGGCUCUGUCCAAAGGUAACGCCAGCCCGGCUAACGGCCAAUCCCCACUGAAAGCCUUUUGAUGCAAGCGAGCCAUGCUAUCUGUUUCCAGUCUUUAUGCUAAGCUAAGCUACCCAGCUGCUGGCUCUAGCUUCAUAUCGACCGUGCAGACAUCUAAAAAUAGUUCCCAAAAUGUCCUUUUAGCAUAAUGACCAAAACGUUGUCGGUUCCAAUAUGCAUAUGUUUAAGUUUUGUGGAGAUUGGAGGCUUUCGUCUGCACCAGAGCUCGUGGAGUUUGGCCUGAUAUUGAACCCAAACUGAUUGAGGAACUGGAGGUGCUUGUUGCCCACUAAAGUCCAGAACUGCUGAUAAAUUGAAGUCAUUUUUUUUUCAACCAAUGAAUUUGAGCUGUUGCUCCUGUAGUGUGACCUCUGUGGGUCUGUAAAGGACAGAAGAUCUGGACUCUGGGAUAGUCUGAGAUCAGAUUCUGCUCCGAGGUUAGCCGUGAAGCUAUCUCCAUUAGCUCCCGUAAAGGGCUAGCCAGCCUGGGAUCAUCCUCCCUAUGUUCUUGAUAUAAACCAACAUUGUAAGAGAUUGGUGAGGGAUAUCUUCGUCGUUCGAAUUGCAAAAGAACGAAGAGAGACGGACGUUUCAAAUGCAGUUUGAAUGGUAAAAAUGUGUCCAGCCACUGUGGAGAUAUCAACGUCUAAAGUCAAGAAUCAGUCCUGAUAACAUCAGUAGGCUGUAGGUGAUGUUAACAUACAGCAGGGUCCUCCCAGGGUCCAUGCAAAAUACAAUACAAUGAAAACAAAUGCCUUAUUGCAGCGACGUGAUUAAUUGUAUUAUUCAGCAGUAUAUAUGAGACAGCAAUAGUGCAGCAAUAAGUGAGAUAAUCUGCAUUCAGGUCUCUGUAUUUUUGGAUGAAGAUGGUUUAUUGUGCUACGAUGAUGAUAUGGGAUGAUGAGGAGUGUUACAGUAAUAUAUUUACUCUGAUAUAUUCUUUCUGCUUUCUGUGUGUGUGUCGGGGGGGGGGUUGAGUCAUUACUGCUCUGCUUUGGGAUUUUGGUGUAUUUAGUAUUUUUUAUGUAUUUCCCACAAAACCAUGGUGAUAAUUGCGAUAGUGAGUCCGGCUCAUUUCAACUCCAUCAAGAAAUGUAUUUUUUCCUUCUUCUUUUUUUUUAUAGAAAAUGAUGUUUGGGUGGACGAUCAAUGCAAGUGAUGAGUUUGGAAUUUGUAAACUUGACCAUUGGCUUAACGCCCCCCACCCUCCCCUCAGUAUUUGGAUUUCUUAACGGUGUACAAGAAGCAUUUAAAAAAAAAAAAAAAAAAGGUGUAAGUGAUCAAACUUAAACUUCAAUCGUUAGCAUGUCUGGCUAGCUAGCUUACUAGCACACUACUACACUGGAAGUGUACGAACGGACGAAGCCGAAUUGAGGCACAGCACUAGAGUUGUUAGCCCCAGACUGUUAGCAUGAUAUCAUGGAACUGAUCUUCGGAACGACUCAUUUUGACUCACUCAGAAUGAACACACUAACAUGCUCAUCCGGCUCUUAACAACAGAGGAGUGCUCUCCGGCGCGGCGCUGAAGGGCGAAAAGUGUACGAAACACCGCUAGUCUACGUUAGACAUAAAGACCAGUUUUGUGAGAUUCUCGUCAUAAAACGAAUCAGCUGGAAGCAUUGAAAAAAAUGACUAUGAAUUUUGACGAUAGAUCUGCCGCCAUUAUUGUCAUCGUAAACCGUACGUGCGCCGUGCACGAGAACAGAAAGACUGACCAGCGUAGCAACAGUAACUAAGGAGGGCGGGGCUUAACGAACAGUCAGUUAGCGACAGUUGGAACUUUCCCGCCCUGCACUGAGGCUUCUUUGUUUUCCACUUGUUGUCUUUUUUUUUUUUAAAUAGUAUUAUUUUUUUUGUAACUGGCAGCUUUGCUGAGAACAAAAAUGAGAAAAGCAGGUUGCCAUUUUAUCUUCCGGGGAGUUUGUGAGUGACGGUGUGUGUGUGAGUGUAUAUAUAAAAAAAUACAAAAAAACCCAACUUUGCUAUGAAUUUACCCAUAUUGGGUUUGCAUCAUGAAUUAAUGUUAAUGAUAAUUUUAAAUAUAUAUAUUAAUCCAUUUAACAAUCACAAUGAAAUAACUCCACGGGAACACUUUUAGCACAUUGUACGUCGUUUUGUUUUCUUAUUUACUGCUUUGGUGUUCACGCUGAAUAUCCUCAACUGCCGUCAUGAUCUCAUUAGAAGUUAGUGAGGGAUGCAUCGAUACAGGAAAAUAGACUUUAAAUCUCCUGUUCAUAUCUCAGUCGCUUGCAGUUAGAACAUGUAAAAAGUUGGAUUUUUCACUUCAUAUAUUGUUUAAAGUUUAAAAAUGACAUUAAACCAUUUUACGAGGGUUUAUGUGCUGGACUAUUUCCUGGCCGGUUGCAGUGACUUCAUCUUUACGCUGAGCUAACUGUGCUAGCUGUAGCUUCAUAUUAAAGACUUAAGACUAUCAAUCUUCUCAUCUAAUAAGUGUAUUUCCCAAAAUAUUCAACUGUUACUUUAAAACUUGGUAUUUCUCUAUGAUAUUAAAUAUUCCUGACGGAGUUUUGAUGGCUUUGCUAGCAUCAGAGCUAUCUUGUUUGAUAAUCAUUAAAGACCCUGAAAACUUAGUUUCUAAUCUUUAAUAUUUCUAAACAGCAAAGUUUUAAAAAUACACUCUUAUAACAGUAUUUAGAGUUUAACCCUCAAAAACAUCAGGACUUGUUGGUUUGUUCAGAUUUGAUUUUGAUGUAAAUGUUGCUGAAUUCUUUUUUGGUGCACAAGAAAGCCUUUUUCUUGUUGAAUCCCGCCAUCUUCAAACCAGCGAGACGAGUUCAGUUAAAGUUGACAAAUACAAGAAUAUUUCAUGUGAAACGACCACAACUCCUCCAACGUUAAACUGCGUAUUCAUGUUGAACCUCAGAGCAAGAAGCUGAUUGAGAAAAUAGGUUUUGAGGGUCUUUAGGUCAGUUUAUUAAAGCUGAUAAAUGCUCAGUACGCAUCAACAUUUAUUACACUACCAUCAUGUGUGAAGUCUGGACCAAUCACAACAGGCCAUUGACGUUACAAUAAGUUAUCUCGGCAUUAAAAAUGUUUUAGAAAAAGAUUUCUGUCAUAAUCAACCAGAUGCACUGGUCGCCUUCCACAGCACGGUAGCAAUCAUUUCUGUUUUAGCAAGACUACCAGUUGGAAAACAGAUUUAACUUCUGUAAUUAAAAGACAUAAAUGACCUUGGCCCAUCCAGAAUUGAAAUCCUGGCACUGCGCCUGCAUUGUAGGUAAAAAAGAAAGAAAGAUUAAAGUCGUACAUUUAUAAGAAAAAAUGUGGAUAUUCUCUGAAAAUAUAUAAAUUUGCGAGAAAAGAACUCUGGAAAACUUGUUUUGUUUUUUGUCAAGGAGCCACAUCGCUUCACUUUGUAAGGUUGGAUCAUCAAAUUUGUGACUUAAGUCCCAGGGAGUUUUUUCUCGCAAAUGUUUGACUUCAUAAUCUCAGAGAAUAUUCAAGUUGUUUUCUUGUAAAUUUAUGAGUUUUUUUAAAUGUACAACUUCAAUCUUGAAGUUCUUUCUCUGAAUAUUACCCCUUCCCCCAGCUCCGUUAAUAUUAUUGUUAUUUUUGAUUUUUUUUUCACCUACAAUGGCCCUAAUAUGCCGUUGUACACUGCACUCUUCAAACUUUUUAUAACGAUUUUUCUAAGGAUGUUUGUGUUUUUUCACUCAUUCACCAGCAGGACUGAAGUCAGUUCACUCAGUCAGCAACUUACUGAAAUAUCUGUGGUGACUUCUCUCAUUCUCUCACAGCUGAAUUAUAGAAAAGGUUUAUAUAUUUUAUUAUAUAAGGGGAGCCUAAAGGAAGAAGUAAAAGUGACUGAACAUAGUGAUCUGAAGUCUUUCUGUCGUGUUUGAGGGGUUGUAACUGUGUUUUAUAUUUAAUACUACCGUCCUUCUGUCUGUCUUUCUUUCUUUCUGCCAUGAGAACAUUUAUGGACUGUUUUUGAUGUUUGUAUUCUUUCACCUAGAGAAUAAAAAAAAUAACUAUUUCAUAAAGAGAUGAUUUCAACUUUGAAAUAAACUGAUUUGUUCACAUUUUA